AGGUGUGGGAGUUUAUGCAUUUUUCUAUCUUUUCCUUAUUCUUGAUGCGAUCUUUGCUGUAUGUAAGGGAUUUUUUUUUUUUUAAUGGAUUGCUGCCAGGAGGUUUUAUGUUGGGUGUUAUUUUUGUUUACAGGCUGUCAAGGACAGGCAUUGACUAACCCCCAGAUAUCAUCUAACUGUUGUGCUCAUGAAGGAUGGGUGGUAAGUGAACCAUUUGAUGUUGUUCCUAGUCUCCGACCCUCAUCACUUGCUGUAUCAACUGUAUCACAAAAGCAUCUGUUUGGGGUUUUUGAGCCGUUUGUUCCUUGAAUUUGUUCUGGAUGCAGAUCAGUUCCUCCCUUUGUAGAUAUUAUAACUGUUGGAAAUCAUGCGCAAUGUUACCCAGACAUUUGAAAUUGGUGCCCAUACUGGUUUUUAGUUCACAUUUUUCUUUCCUUCUCCUUCUUGCAAAUUCGCAAUUAAAGUGGUCACCAAGAUUUUGAUACUAUUGCCAUUUUCUGAUCUGUCAUAACUUAGUUGCUGUGGUUGAUGCAAUUGCAAUCCUAAUUUUAUUGAACUCUAAUUGUAGUUUGUGUCACGGUUUUAUUACUGCUAACUUGGUAUCAGUGUUCACAUAAGGUAUUGGCUUGGCGCUCCUCACCGACAGCAGCUUUGUUUAAGCAUGCCUGCUUCUGCUUCUGUGAUUAAAGUGAGCCCUGAGAAACGGAUUUAUCCUUUUGCUACGCUUCCAUGGGUGUUUAUAGUUAGUAAAAGCCUGGCAUAGCUUUAAUCCUGAAGUGGUUGUGGAUGUCUUUUAAUUGCUGGUAUGUGAGUGUAGAUUAGAGGCUUUUGAUUAGUGAAAAUCUGUAUUUUUUUCCUAUUAAGAAAAAAUUAAGUAUAUAAACUUGCAGUGUAUUGUCCUGCCUUUUAAUUUUGGUAUAUUGCUUUCACUUUGUUUCUUAAAACCAGAUUCCUUUUUAAUAUACGGGGUUGCCACUU